AUGCUCAGGCGCUACUGCUUCCACCGCCGACCACUCCACGUGUCCCGAACCGCCGUCCACUGGAAGCCCCGGGACGAGUACAAGCUGACCCGACCCGAAUUGCUCGACCGGAUCUCCCGCCUCCUCGUCCUCCAACGGUACGACGCCCUUAACAACCUCUCUUUUGAAUUCUCCGAUCAACUCCUCAACUCCGUUCUCCGCAACCUCAAGCUAAACCCUAACGCCUGCUUAGCGUUCUUCAAAUUGGCCUCGAAGCAACAAAAGUUCAGGCCUAAUCUCAAGUCUUACUGUAUAAUUGUUCAUAUUUUAUCUAGGGCUAGAUUGUAUGAUCAAACCAGAGCCUACUUGAAUGAAUUGGUUGCUCUCUGUAAGAGUAAUUAUCCGGUUUUCGUGGUGUGGAAUGAGCUUGUUAGGGUUUAUAGGGAGUUUAAUUUUUCGCCGACGGUUUUCGAUAUGAUUCUCAAGGUGUUUGCUGAGCAAGGGAUGAUAAAGUAUGCAUUACAUGUGUUUGAUAAUAUGGGGAAGUGCGGUAGGGUGCCGAGUUUGAGGUCUUGUAAUUCUUUGUUGAGUAAUUUAGUCAGGAAUGGGGAGAGUGAUACUGCAUUGCUUGUUUACGAGCAGGUAGUUAGGUUGGGGAUUGUGCCGGAUGUGUAUACUUGUUCGAUUAUGGUGAGAGCGUAUUGUAAGGAGGGGAGAGUGAGCAGGGCGGCGGAGUUUGUGAAGGAAAUGGAGAGGUCAGGGGUUGAGGUAAAUGUGGUGAGUUAUAAUAGCUUGAUUGAUGGGUAUGCCAGUCUGGGAGAUGUUGAAGGAGCGACAUCGGUGUUGAGGGUGAUGUCUGAAAGGGGAAUUAAGAGAAAUGUGGUGAGUUGUACGCUGUUGAUGAAGGCCUACUGCAGGCAAGGUAAAAUGGAGGAAGCGGAGGAGGUGCUUCGUGGUAUAAAGGAGGAGGAGCCUGUGGUUGUCGAUGAGUGUGCGUAUGGUGUGUUGGUAGAUGGGUAUUGUAAAGCUGGCAGAAUGGAUGAUGCUGGUAGGAUUCAAGAUGAGAUGUUGAGGAUAGGUUUAAAAAUGAAUACUAUCAUUUGCAACUCCUUGAUCAACGGGUAUUGUAAGCUUGGUCAAGUUCGGGAAGCAGAGGGAGUAUUGAAGCAUAUGAGAUCUUGGAACUUAAAGCCUGAUUCUUAUAGUUACAAUACCCUGAUGGAUGGUUAUUGUAGGAAGGGUCAGACAAGUGAAUCAUUGAAGGUUUUUGAUGAGAUGCCUCAGGGAGGAAUCCAUCACACUGUGGUAACUUAUAAUACCCUUCUCAAGGGUUUAUGUCAAGCGAAUGCUUUUGAUGGUGCUUUACACCUUUGGAAUUUAAUGUUGAAAAGAGGGUUGGCUCCUGAAGAGGUUAGCUACUGUUCUCUGCUUGAUGGGUUUUUCAAGAAGGAAGAUCUUGACAGUGCUAUAAAUCUGUGGAAAGUUAUUUUGACAAAGGGUUUUACAAAAAGCCGGUUUGCUUUCAAUACAAUGAUUAAUGGGUUAUGCAAGAUGGGGAAGUUGGUCGAAGCGGAGGAGAUCUUCAGCAAGAUGAAGGAGCUAGGAUAUUUACCUGAUGAGAUAACUUAUAGAACCCUGAGUGAUCAGUACUGCAAAGUUGGGAAUGUUGAAGAAGCUUUCAGAGUUAAAACUUUGAUGGAAGCGCAGGCAAUAUUUCCUUCAAUUGAAAUGUACAAUUCGCUCAUCAGUGGUGUUUUUAUGUCUAGGGAUAUAAGUAAAGUGAUGCAUCUUCUUACUGAAAUGCAGACAAGGGGACUAUCCCCUAACACUGUAACGUAUGGAGCUCUUAUCUCUGGUUGGUGCAAUGAAGGGAUGCUUGAUAAAGCUUUUAGUUUAUACUUUGAGAUGAUUGACAAAGGGUUUGACACCAAUUUGAUCAUUUGCAGCAAAUUUAUCAGUACUCUGUAUAGGCUUGGAAAGAUUGAUGAAGCAAGUAUUCUGUUGCAGAAGAUAAUAGAUUAUGAUUCUAUUCCAUUUCAAAAAGGCGAUAUUACACAUAGCGAAAUUCAAAAGUUUGCAGAUUCUCUUGAUGAAAGUGCUAAAAGUUUCUGUCUGCCUAACAAUGUCAUAUACAAUAUUGCUAUCUUUGGAAUCUGCAAAUCGGGAAAGGUUGGUGAUGCAAGAAAGUUUUUAUCGGCUUUGCUGCUUAAUGGCUUUUCUCCGGACAAUUUUACAUACUGUACACUGAUUCACGCCACUGCUGCUGCUGGUAAUGUGAACGAGGCUUUCAGCUUACGAGAUGAAAUGCUGAGAAGGAAUCUUGUUCCUAACAUUACCACAUAUAAUGCUCUUAUAAAUGGCUUGUGCAAAUCAGGAAAUUUGGAUCGAGCGCAGAGUCUCUUCCAUAAACUUUGCAAGAAGGGGUUAGCUCCUAAUGCUGUUACCUAUAAUAUAUUGAUCGAUGGAUACUGCAGAAUUGGCAAUACUGUUGAAGCUUUUAAGUUUAAAGACAAGAUGAUUCUAGAAGGGAUUGUUCCCUCUAUAAUCACUUAUUCUGCAUUGAUCAAUGGUCUUUAUAAGCAAGGAAAUAUGAAAGAAUCUGUGAAGCUUUUGAGCCAAAUGAUCAAGGCUGGAGUGCAACAAAACCUUGUCAAUUAUGUACUCCAGUUUAGUUGAUACAUUACAUGUGGGGUAUAGAUGUUCCAACUUCAGAAGCAUAUUAUUGAAUAUGCAUCUUAAUGCUUUCCAUGUGGAGUUCCGACACUGCAAUUUGGAAGCCUGUUUGUGUUUUCAUAUUAUUCCCCUGACCAAGUGGUCCAGACCAUGAUAAGGGUUGGCUCUGCAAGAGCUUUUGACAGUUUUAGCUGCAAAGUAGUGCAAGAGCAUUGGCAUGUGAGAUAUAGAUUGCCUCCACAUUUGCGACCUAGAGAUGAUAUCUUUUAGAAUAUUGUCAAGAAAAAAUGAGGACCUUCAAUUGGGUUGAAGAUAAACUACUUGGCAGAGGUAUACCAGAAGGUCUGAAUGUGGAGUCUCCUGCUCAGUAUGGAACUGCAACCUAUCCCAAGGAAAGAUGAACAAAGAGUGUUGAUCAUUUGGGUGCAAUACUGAGGUUAUGACAACAUUUCUGGCUAAGUUUGACAUCCAGAAUGUUUCCCGGUGUGAUACAACCUACUAAUUUGAAUACAAGG